AUGCAGAUGAGCGUGAUCGGCUACGUAACAAUACUAUGCGGGACUUCUUUGUUAGCGUUCUGCUUAUAUUUGGAUAGAAGGAGGCAUCAGGACCCAAGCUUCCGUAGGCGACUGAAGGAACGCAGACAGAAGCUGAAGAAGCAGCAUCUACCGCAUUACGAGAUUACACCUAGGAACAUAGAUCCUCGGUACAGAGAAGCUGUAAUCAUUAAGGAAAUUCAGAUGGCCGAGAAGCUGAUGGUUCAGGACAAACUGGAUGAGGCAAUCAUUCACUUCGCGAGAGCCAUCUCCGUUUGCGCCGAUCCUGAGCAUCUCAUGAACUGCCUAAGACACACGCUACCAGCGAACGCCUACGACUCUUUGAUCCAUCUGUUGAUCAAGCUUUACGGAGAGGCUUGCAAAGUCGAAGAAAGCGAGAAAACCAGGCCAAGUAAGCUAAAUUCGGAGUUGGCUGCGUCGUUGGCGUUCUAA